AUUAGUUAAACUUCGUUGAAAACCUUUCUGUAAAUCUCCUAAGAUUCUUAAAGAACCUCAGAAACCAAUUCGUGCUCUCGAAAAAAAAUAAUCGAAAACCUCUAACACACAGUGGAAAAGCGCCAAAAUUUGCUCAGCAGUUAUAGAAUGUCAACAAUUCUAAUUUGAACGUUGUGAGUCUUAUUGAAUACGAAAUAUCAUUUGAAUAUGAUCAUAUUUCAACUCCAGCAUACAAGUGAAAAUCCGUUAGAAAUCACCGUUGCACACGACUUUGCACGUAUGAAUGUCUGUUGGAUAUCUGUUCUCUGUGAUAUAACAUAAUAUAAAAAUGGAUCGUCUUAGAGUCCCAUUGUUUGGCGUAAAAUUUUAUCCGGAUUCGAAAUCCGAUUCCGAAAUUACAGCUCGAUUAGUGUGACAAUAUCAAUUUAAAGAAUGUUUUUGGUAGUGAUGAAUGUAAAUAGAAGUUAAUCCCUUAAAAACUGAGCAAUAGAUCCUAAAGGGUUUAUUUAUUUCCUCUGAGGAAAUUCCAAGAAAAAAGUAAAUAUGAUCGUAAUGGUAAUAACUAAAUCAGAUAUGUAAUAGGCCUAGAAUGUCACUACUUAUGACUAAACACUCGGCAGUUAUAAGUUUUUGCUUUUCUCAUUUAGAAAGGUUUCACAAUCAUGGUGAAAACCGACAUUUGAAUAGAGUUUCCGAGAACCGAGUCAGUUUGUCAAGACCGCGAAAUGUCUGUUAGCAAUUGUUUCUAGGUAUGUUUGAUCAUUUCACUUUCCUUAAUGACCGGAAGAGUAUUUUGUAUGCAUUUCGUAGAUAAUUUCUAUCAGAUUACGAUCACGAACCUAAAAGCAUACCUGAACCUCUAUCGUCGAUGAAUAUAUAAAUUCAACACUGGACGACAAGUCACAUUUCAGCUAAAGAUUAGACGUUCGUUUGAUAAAAUCUCAGCAAAAUGUUCACAGGCGUAAUUUACCUAUCGGUUACAGUUUGUUUCCUAACAGUGGCGGUAAUCGCGGAGAACUACGUCACAAAGUAUGACGAUAUUGAUCUGGAUGAAGUCUUCAAGAGUACUCGAUUAGUAAAUAAUUACGUAAAUUGUUUGAAAAACAUUGGACCCUGUACGCCGGAUGCAAAGGAGUUGAAAGAAAAACUACCAGAUGCGUUGGAAAACGAUUGCAUGCAUUGUUCUGAGAAACAGAAAGCAGGAGCCAACAAGGUGAUUCGCUUCAUCAUUGAAAAUCGAACCGAAGAUUUUAACAUUUUGGAAUCAAUGUAUGACCCGACCGGGGAGUAUCGGCGUAAGUAUUUGGAUGAACGAACGAAGUUCCGACAGCAACAGCCGAUGGAAGAAACCACCUCCACCCGGGCGGAGAGUAAUCAGUCCGAUUCGGCGAGUUCUUCUGAAGAAGCCACUACUGACGUUGAUCAGGGUCAGUCCGAGGGUCACUAGCACUUGGAUGUGGAGAUAAAUUGUCGUCAUGGAAGGAUCGGGUCUCUACCGGAAUGGAGCGGCGUGAUUGCUUUUUAUAAACGUUUUUCUUCAUCAUAUCAUAUUACAGUGAUCUAGAGCGAAAAUAGUAAAAGUUAAAAUUUGAGUGAAAUUCUGUAAAACUUUGUUUCAUAGCAAUUGAAACGCCAGUUGUAGAAUCGAUGGUUUUUUAAUAAAGCACGUGUUCUAUUAUAUGUUGCCAGCGAAUUAAAUCAUUUCGGAGUGUGCGUGAUAAACUUACUUACUUCUUUUGCAGGUCCGACAGUAUAAUCGUGUGAGUUCAUGUGUUGCGCAAGUAAAUCCAGUUACUGUUUAACAAAAUACUAGAUCGUAUGUCCGUUGGAUCACGUCUGAUCGGUUGAAGAUUGCAAGCAAGUUUCUCGCUUGGUUAACUGCACUAUCGUUAAAGUCUUCUUCUAGCGCUUUCGAUCAUCAAAGCUUAAUAACUUAUUCGCCUAAAUAUAGACUUAUAGAACGAUGUACGCAUUGUCACCGUUGGCAUAAGUUUAGAGUAAGCUGAAAUCGAUGCUUAAAUUGUUGAUCGAUUAUGAAGGGAAUAAAUUUUCUAGUUUUGUAAAAAGGUGUUUAGUUACAUAGAUUUACUAAAGC